CGCGUGCGUGCGGGCCGCGGCCGGGUGGCCGGCUGAUCGGCCAGCUCUGGGAAGCGGAGCAGCGCUGUGCGGGCGGGCGGCCAGGUCUGUGCUCACAAUGGGGCUGGGGAGUAGGGGCGCCGGCCCGCGAGGCUGCGCCGCGCCGGGGCGAGCUGGAGAGCGCGCAGCUGCUGCAGAGCGGGUCGGACGCAGAAGCGGAGAGGAGCCGGAGGGCGCCCCGCCCCAAGCAAGGUGCGGGGGCCCUCGAACACCGAGGCCUCCGCCUGUCACCUCUGCCUGUCACCUCCGUCCGCCACCUCCACGGUCUCCUCCCCUUGCUCAGGUCCACUCGGUCCCUCCCCUGGGCCGCCCAGAGCACUAAGUUGGCGGGAGCCUAUAAAAGCCGGACGGUGCGACCCGCGACACACACUGCAGGACCGCUAGACGGACGACAACUUCUGCUCUGCCCCGAUCACCGGCGUGACCAUGUCUCACCACUGGGGAUACAGCAAGCGCAACGGACCAGAGAACUGGCACAAGGACUUCCCCAUUGCCAAUGGAGACCGGCAGUCCCCUGUGGACAUUGACACAGCGACUGCCCAGCAUGACCCUGCCCUACAGCCUCUGCUCAUAUCUUAUGAUAAAGCUGCGUCCAAGAGCAUUGUCAACAAUGGCCACUCCUUUAACGUUGAGUUUGAUGACUCUCAGGACUAUGCAGUGCUGAAGGAAGGACCCCUCAGUGGCUCCUACAGAUUGAUUCAGUUUCACUUUCACUGGGGCUCAUCUGAUGGCCAGGGCUCUGAGCACACUGUGAACAAAAAAAAAUAUGCUGCAGAGCUUCACUUGGUUCACUGGAACACCAAAUAUGGGGAUUUUGGAAAAGCUGUGCAGCAACCGGAUGGAUUGGCUGUUUUGGGUAUUUUUUUGAAGAUUGGACCUGCCUCACAAGGCCUUCAGAAAAUCCUUGAAGCACUGCAUUCCAUUAAAACAAAGGGGAAGCGUGCGGCCUUUGCUAACUUCGAUCCUUGCUCCCUUCUUCCUGGAAACUUGGACUACUGGACAUACCCUGGCUCUCUGACCACUCCGCCUCUGCUGGAAUGUGUGACCUGGAUCGUGCUCAAAGAACCCAUUACUGUCAGCAGUGAGCAGAUGUCUCAUUUCCGUAGACUGAACUUCAAUGCGGAGGGGGAUCCUGAAGAACUGAUGGUGGACAACUGGCGUCCAGCUCAGCCGCUGAAGAACAGAAAGAUCAAAGCGUCCUUUAAAUAAAAUGGCCCUGAAGCAGGGGUCCAAACAGCACAAGUGUGGCUGCCUCUCUGUAGCUAAGCACAGUUCGACCUUGGUGAUUUGGAUCCCGACUUUGCGUCUGGUAUUGUAGGCCUUUUACUUCUCACCCGUUGUGCUUAUUAAUAAAAUGUGAAAAGCAAGACUCAGGUGUCUCAUGUGGUGGCAGCACAGUGGCAGGCCGGUGGUCGACUUAGGGCACCUUUUCUCUGCCAUGGCAAUGCAACACAAAGAACAGACAUGGCCUCUUGCUUCUCUUCACAGCCAUAGGAUAAUGAAUACUCAGGCCUGUUUGUUAAAAUGCUAUUUUUAAAACCAUAUGAAGGUAGAAUGAUUAAUUGCAAUCCACAUCAUGAGACAAACUGAGGUAAUUUAGGCAAAUCAGGUAAAACAGUCAUAGUUUUAUGAUUAUAAAUGAAAUGAAUAGUCACCCUUCCAAGAUCUUAUUUUAAAGAAAAAAUUUUAAAAAGCUUAUAUAUUUGUAGCAAAGUUAUUCUUAAAUAUGAACUAUGUUGUAACUUAGUGACUUUUGAUUUCUAGAGGUGUAAAUGAAGAUGUAAAAAUCAAUAUAGUUGUGACGCAGAGUAUAUUUCCCUUCAGAUAACAUACCACAACACAAUGGAUAAUGUAUUUUAGAUAUAUUCUCUAAUAAAAUCGAGAACUCUA